CGUGACGUCACGAGAUACCAGGAAGCUGCCGCUCCGCUCGCGCGCUCAUUGAGAUCCGAGGGAAAAACCGGAGGACCCAGAAGAAAAUCCACGCGACCACGGGGAGAGAGACACGCAAACUACAAAUAUACAGCAGUAAUACAGCUGAUGCUGCCUCUGCAGAAUUGGUCUGAUGAAGCAAAAGCACGCAGCCCAGCUUGGUACAAAAAGUCAACAAUGCGACCAGUAUGCAAACAGCAUGGAUCAUUCUGGAAAUUUGACACAGCACCAGAGAACUCACACAGGAGAGAAACCAUUCAAGUGCACUGUGUGUGAGAAGACAUUUGCAUGGUCAUCAGUUCUUCAGAGCCACCAGAGAACACACACGGGAGAGAAACCCUUCAAGUGCAGUGUGUGCAGGAAGGCAUUUGCAGAGUCAUCACAUCUUAAAAUACACCAGAGAACACACACGGGAGAGAAACCCUUCAAGUGUAGUGUGUGUGGGUAUGCAUUUUCAGAUUCAUCACACCUUAAAAGACACCAGAGAACACACACAGGAGAGAAACCCUUCAGGUGCACUCUGUGCGGGAAGCUGUUUGCAGUGUCAUCAUAUCUUAAAGAACACCAGAGAACACACACAGGAGAGAAACCUUUCAAGUGCACUGUCUGUGAGAAGGCAUUUGCAUGGUCAUCAGGUCUUCAAAUCCACCAAAGAUCACACGCGGGAGAGAAACCUUUUAAGUGCAGUGUUUGUGGUAAACAAUUUUCAAAGGCAUUUACUCUUAAACGACACCAGAGAACACACACAGGAGAGAAAUUCUUCAGGUGCACUGUGUGUGAUAAAGCGUUUGCAAAGUCAUCACAUCUUAAAAGACACCAGCGAACACAUACAGGAGAGAAACCUUUUAAGUGCACUGUGUGUGAGAAGGCAUUUUCACAGUCCUCAAGCCUUCAGAACCACCAGAGAACACACACGGGAGAGAAACCUUUCAAGUGCAGUGUUUGUGGGAAGGCAUUUUCAAAGGCAUUUACUCUAAAAAUACACAUGAGAACACACACAGGAGAGAAACCCUUCAAGUGCACACUGUGUGAGAAGGCGUUUAUACAGUCAUCAGUUCUUCAGAGCCACGAGAGAACACACACAGGAGUGAAACCCUUCAAGUGCAGUGUGUGUGGGAAGGCAUUUUCAGGUUCUACUGCUCUUCAAAAUCACCAGAGAACACACACAGGAGAGAAACCCUUCAAGUGCACUCUGUGUGGGAAGGCAUUUGUACGGUCAUCAAAUCUUCAAAGACACCAGAGAACACACAGUCAUCAGAAGAUCCCCAAGGAGAGGAGUCUGAAAUCGGCUUGUGAAAGUCAAAGUGCUGCAAUGCUCCCAUCCUUCAUGAUAAGGGAACCACAAGAUAAUCCCAGCUUGGAGACUUUAAAAGGUAUAAAGGUGAAAUAUGAAAAGGUGAAAUGUGAAGUGACAGUGAAGAGUGAAGAAGUGAAAGUGAAAUGUGAAGAUGAAGAUUCAACUCCAAAAUCGGACCUUCACAUCAAUGGAUGCAUCGUGAAGCAGGAGAAUUAUGACUGUGAGGCAGAGCGAGGCAACUCCCAGCAGUUUGUGGAAGUGGAGGUGUGGGUGGACUUCUUAGACAAUACAAAGUCAAAUGGAGACCCGGUAGAUGUGUAACCUUGAGACAAUGAAGCCCCAGUAGAUUCACCUUUGGCACAGUCCUUUAAUGAAAAGAACGUGAAGUUGAACACUCAAUUCCUAGGUACAACCUACAGAUUAAGAGUGGCCAGUUUUUGUAGACCUGUGAGUUGGGUAGAUGUCUAACCAAGAGCGAGAGCCAAUAAGCUCCCAAUGCAAUUGCUAUGUUACGAUAAUAUUUGCAUUUAUAUGGUGCUUAAUUGCCCAUAAGAGGUUUUUUUGGGUUAGAUCGCGUUAAUAUGAAUAUUUUGUGAAACCCGCCACCACGCGAUUUGUUCUCCAACACACCGGUGUGCUGUACUAGUGUAGUGUAAUAACGCCGACUGUUGUCCAGCAACGGCAACUGCGGUGGAAAAAUAAUAUAGGAACUGGGGCAAGUGUCACGGAAGACCCCAUCUGGAAGCCCUUCGAACCUGCAAGUGGGUUCGAGAAGGGAGGCAACUGAGAGCGGGAGCUCAGGGCUGCCGGUUCUUGGAGUGGGCUCUUGUCGUCAUUACUGUCAUCUUCGCCGCCGUCUUCGCUAGAUAUUGCACGGCCGGAUAGUUGUUGGCUGUCUCGGUCAGCGCCAUCGGUGUUACAUGGUCAGGAUUGUGUUUAGGCUAGGCUAGACGACUAGGGAGAGUGCGAUGGCGAAACUGUGAAGGUGUUGAUAAAGAAGGUGCCCCCUUAGAAACCUUGUCUCCCGCCACGAUGACACUACAAUUGGUGUCAGGAGUGGAGUGAAUAAAGAACCCACCUAUAGUGUCAUCGGAGGAUGGGAACAGUGAAACAUUCAUCCCUCUGGCAGCCCCAGGACCCCGGUUACAAAGCCCGUUGGUGGAGAGAGAGAUCGGCGGGUGAGCGGCUGCGGAUCGGAGGGAGAGCGGCUAUGGAUCAGCAGAGCGGCUGCCGAUCGGCGGGAGAGCAGCGGCGAAUCAGCGCUCAUGUGCCGAGCACGCGGCAUGGCCGAGGACCGCCGAGUUGAGGGGAGGCGCACCACGGCCAGCGGCGCGGAAACGAGUCACGAGGGGACCCUGGCGGCGGUCCCCGUCAGUGCGGGAGAGCGGAGGAGCCCGGGCCGGAGACCCUGCAUGUGGUUGGCGCCAUUUUGCCCGUUGGAGGGCUUGGCAUGGCCGGUGGGCACUAUUUUCCAGAGAGCACCGGACAGCGCUGGAGGGGCGCCGGAGGCGAUGGCGCUGCAAGGGGCAAUUUUUGGCCUACCGCGCGAUGGCUGCACGAGAUUCUCCAGCGGAAGCAAGGGGAGGCCGAGAUGCCCUUCGCUUUCUGGGAGACGCUGCUGGUGCUGGGGGCGGAAGGCGUACCCCCAGAUGGGUGAGACGGCGCUCGACUCCUUGGCGGCGGAAAGGCUGUUGGCGUGCGAGUCGGGGAUCAUUCUGCUCUUCGCCAAAGGCAUGGGGAUUACGUCUUUGAAGGUGGCCCACGAAAUUUAGGGCCACGAGGCCCACCAGCAUUGGCCCAAAGUGGCGGCUUGGCCGUGGCGGGAGGAGGACAUGGUGGCUGUGGUAUGUGGCCUGGGGACGCACGGGAGAAGGCCCCCGCGGGUGGGUUGGCAACCGGGGCAGCCCCCUCUGCCCUGGGGUCCCACGGCCAAGCGUUUCAGGUGUGGUCAGCUGGGCCACAUCGCUAUAGAAUGCCAGGGUGUUGGCAGCGCCACUGACGCAUUCCGACCCGCCGGCAACAUCUUCCUAUGCUUUACCAGAUCCGAGUCUCUGAUGCUUUCCGAGACCGCCGUGUGCGACGUGUCAGGGGCUGGAUCCGAUUAGAUGCUUCUGUGAAAUUCAGGGAGAGGCCGUGCCCUUUAGUCCAUUGUUUUUUUGUUUCCAUACCUCGGAAUCUCAAGAAAUGCAAGACCCUGCCAAGGCAGGGGUGACCAGUGUCAAGGAUCGGCUCACGUCAGCUAUGUUCUGGUAAAGGCGGACUCUUCCUUGUAAGGUGGGAUUCGGGGGGGUUGUGUAUGUUGUUUGGGUUGCGUUAUCAGUUCUCGGGGGGGGGGGGGGGCAUCGCGGUUGGGCGGUCCAUGACAGCGUUCUUGCACAUGCCGCGGUUGCGCUGCAUGUUUUCGGUUUGCGGGGGGCACCGAGGGUUGUCCUUUUUGUUGGUGGUCCAUUGGGGAGUGCCGUGGUUGCGCUAUGUGGUUCCGGUUUGCGGGAAGUGUUGCAACCAAGGUUUUUUUUGUGGUGAAUAUUUUUUCCGUGUUGGUGGUGUUCCUCAGGGUUUGGGGUUGCUCUGCCUGUCCACCGGUUGCAGUUGCUGGAUGUCAUCCAUCUGUUGUCCAGCAACGGCAACUGCAGUGGACAAACAGUGCACACGCCGGUGACCAUUUUCACGGGUGUGUCGGCAGGGCGGAAGAACUGGGGCAAGGGUCACGGAAGACCCUAUCUGGAACCCCCUGGAACCUGCUAGUGGGUUCAAGAAGGGACACGUGACCAGGGCGGAGUCAGGCCAUGCUGGGUAGCAUAAAAUCAGCUGAGAGCAGGAGCUCAGGGCUGCCGGUUCUGGGAAUGGGCUCGUCUCGUCGUCGCUGUCAUGUCGCCGCCUUGGCUAGAUAAUCCACGGCCAGAUAGUUGUUGGCUGUCUCAGUCAGCGCCAUCGGUGUUACAUGGUCAGGGUUGUGUUUAGGCUAUGCUAGACGACUAGAGAGAGCGCAUUUAUAUUUACACAAUCUAACCCCAAAAACCUUAUGGAUGAUAUUUGUCGCGAAAGCUUACGUGUUCAAGUUGCUUAAUUGCCUCAGCAAUUCGGAGUUUGUAUUAUAUCUCAUCACAAACACUCGAAGAGCACCCCCAGGUGGCAGCUGCCUCUGUGUGGCAUAAGGUGGCCCAGUACCAGCCUGCAUGUGGGCAUGAGUCUGUCAGUAGGGGGCAAUAAUUGAUGUGUAAUCACAGUUGUGGAAUUUCUGGAUAAUAUUUGGAAUUGCCCAAAUUUUGGCAAUGACACCAACAUACAAUGACCUACGUGUUUUGAAUGACACAAUAGUAUGUUUUAUAUCCACUGUUAAGCAGACAGUGCAUAUUUUGUUUAAUGUUACUGUAUUAGCCAGGGGUGUGUACCUCUGCAAUAAAUAGAGAAUGCCCUACCACUUCC